CCAAUUGGUGUCCAGCUUGGUACCAUCAAGAUGUCCAUUGCUUACUCUGGCGUUACUAUUGGUCAGGUCUCUGCCGAGAACAUUGUUCUCGCCAAGGGUGACAAUAACAUUAUGCUCAAGGGUGUCUUGACCCCCCAGAACGAUACCGCUAGUCUCGACAAGGUCUCCGAACUUUUCUCGGCUUAUAUGGCUGGUCGUAUCUCUCAGACAAGUGCCGUUGGUAUCUCUUGCGCUCCUAAUGGUGUUGACCCCGUCGGAUGGCUUUCUGAAGGUUUCAAGACCGUCUCCUUGAACGUCGCUCUCGGUUCCAGCGAAGCAAUGAAGGUUAUACAUGGCAUCAACAUGGGUUAUCUCGAUCUCGUCUUCAACAAGGAUGCACCUUACGCUCCU